CAUAUUAGUUCAGAGGCUCUCCGGUUCCAAAUAGCAGCGCGGUCUGGGCCUCUCUGUCAGCGGGGAGGGGAAGGGAAAAGGGAGGGGGGAUGCUGGGGGAGCUGCCGUCAACCAGCGGGCAGAGAGCUAGUCACCAGUAGGACAGAGGAGCGGAGCGCCGGUCAGGGGCACAGAGGGAAGAAGAGGAAGAAAGGAACAAGAAAGGAGAGUGAGAAAAGGACGGAUUAGAGAGGGAGAGCGAGUCAGGAAGAGAGAGAGAAAGAGAGAAAGAGAGAGAGAAGCUUCCAGCCAUCGGAUCGGGAGAAUAGCAGCAGUCAAGCGUGUGGGAAGCAGCAGCGCGGCAGGAAGUGCAUGAUGGGAUCGCAGAAGGAGAGGGAGAUGGGCCAGGCGGACGGCGUGGUGAGUGAGGAGGCACACAAGUGCUGCGGCUGCCGCUUCCCGCUGCUCGUGGCCCUGCUGCAGCUCCUCUUCGGCGCCGCCAUCGCCGUCCUGGCCUUCAUCAUGGCCGCCAUCAGCCCCUCUCUGCUGGCCAGGGAGACGCCCCACUGGGCAGGGAUCAUCCUGUGUGUGGUGUCCCUGCUGGGUUUCGUCCUCUACUUGAUCACCUACCGGGCUGAUGAGAGGACAUCCAUGCAGUUCAUCGUCAAGGUGCUCUACUUCCUGCUGUGCUCGGGGGGCCUGGUCAUCUCCGUGCUGGUCAUUGCCUUCCAGGGUCACCACUUCUCACUGGCCAACGGCUUCAGCUGCCGCGAGCAGGGGGAGGACUGUGUGUGCACGCUGGACCCUCUGGACCCCAUCGCCCGGACCUUCACCUACGAGGCGGUGGGCGACUGCUCGGCCGUCAUGGACACGCUCAAGAUCUACUUCCUGCUGCAGAUGGUGCUGAACUUGGCCGCGGCGCUGGUUUGCGCCGUGGGGGCCUUCGUCAUGUGGAAGCACCGCUACCAGGUGUUCUUCGCCGGCCUGCAGGUGGGAUCACUCUCCACCCAGCACUGGCAGAAGGUGUGAGUCUGUCGGAGAGAGAGAGAGAGAGAGAGAGACGGAACAGAAAGGCUGAGGGCUCUGUGAAGAGAGGUUGAAACCAUGUUCAGCGUCUUCUCACUUGCCUAAUAAACAAUGUGUGUGUGUGCCGUUCUAGUCACCAAAUCCAUGGUUGUCCAUGGUUGUUGUAUUUUUUCUAAUAUCCCACUUUACUGGUAUGAGUCUGCUUGGCUGUGUGUGUGUGUGUGUGUGUGUGUGUGUGUGUUUGAAAGAGAGAACCAGAGAGAGCUCAGAUGACCUUUGAAAAAGUUUCAUAGGUUUAUACUUUUCUAAAGUAGCUUUCUAUGCAACUUCCUUACAAUGUGUUAAUACAGGUGCCAGUGCAGGAGACCUGCUCUCUGUUCUAAUUGGCAUACUUUUGUCAGUACACUUUCAUGCAAUGCACUGUGCACAGGGUAGUGAUGACUCAAAUUGAACACCAACUCAGUGCACUUAGCUAAAAUGACGAUUACAAUAUUUAAACAGAACGUUACUGGUGUGUUCUAUACGACAGCAGCAUUGUUGUGUUUUGUCAAAACUUGGUUGUGCAUCUGUUAAGUGUGUUUUCCACUGCUGCUGCACCAGCUUCCUCAAACAGUUAUCUUGAAAAUGAUCCCUGCCCUUCUGCUAUGAAUCCAAGCUCUGUUGAGGGCGUUGAAAGUGUCCAGCAUUUUACACUCGCCAUGAGUUUGCAGCGCGCGUUGCGUCGUCAUAAUGAUCAGUGUGAACGCACUCAUUGCCCUCACAUUAGGUAUUGUAAGUACAGAAGUAAGCAAAUUGGAACAGAGUGCUGGCAUUUCUCACAGACAGAACCUAUGACGCAAUACUACAACAUUUUGCAAUGAGGAUGUGUUCACCGGGGUAGUGAACCAGAGAUAUGCAAGUACGCUUCAUGCUGUCUUCCUCUGCACUUUUGAUGUCCUUUUUACAGAUAUAAAUCAAGUCAGCACCAUUGCCUUAUACAGCAUUUAAAAUACAUGCAAGAUAAGUCAGUUUACAAGGUUGCCAAAUAUAAGGGGGAAUCGCAUUGGCAUUCUGAACUGUGUUGUAUCUCUUUAAGACAAAUGUUGCUGAACAGUGUUUACUACUUUAAAAAAGACUUUUAUUUUGACCUCCUCCUGAGCUGUGCAGACCAGCUGUGGGAGGGCUGUCAGGCAGGCAGUCAGGCAGAAGCCAAGCAGUCAUGUGGAGUGUUGUGUAUAAAAUACUUUUUACAUUUUACACAGAGUGCGGUGGUCUGACAUAGAUUUUCUCUACAUUUAGUCUGAAUUCAGUAAUAUCCUCUUUGGCUUGGUUUGCUAUGUUUGUUGAAUUUGUUGUUGACUCUCUAAUGAUACUACAUGCUGUAUCCUUUCCCCUUUGCGAGUCAGUAUCAUUACGCAUGCUUAAAGGGAAAGAAACCAGUGCCUGUCUAAUGAAGGGAAAAUGACCAGCCGCGUUGUUUUUCUGACCCUGAUCCGGAGCACAACAACAAGCAGCGCUGUUAGGUGGAGUCAGCGAGGCCUCUGGCCAGUCCAGUGGGCCGGAGUCACAGUCCAGCCAGCCACUGGAAACCUCCGCUGCUACUGCUGCCAGGGGGUGCACAAGGGGUACUCAGACACUCAACCCCACGCAGCAACAACACUAAUAUAGACACCAACUGCCAUCUGCUCCAAUGGAAAAGCACAAGGGUUUCAAAUGCACUGUCCCACAAUCCAGAGUGCACCCAACAGAAGACAUACAUAGACGGGAACUUUUUUAUUUUUAUUUUUUCUACUGGGAUUGGUUGAUUCAAUCUUGUAAUGAUUUCAACAAGUCUGUGUGGUGUUUGGAGGAACCAUUUUUAAUGUCUGUACUGUUGGUGUAUUUUUUUGUUCAUUUUACGGUGUAUACAUAUCAAUGUAUUCCCAUUUGAUGCAUGGUCAAAAGGUCUUGGGUCUGGUGCUACAGUCAAAUGCCUUGCACAGGUUACACAGCCACUGCUGAUAGUCCAGUCUACAUUCUCUGUGUACGUCUCUUUUUUUCUUAUUUUUAAUAAAAGAUCAUAAGUAAGCCUUA